AUGACACUUUUUUCUCUUUUAUUUGCAGGUGCCAUUGUUAGGUACUACAAAACAAAAAGAAAUUUUUACCUACAGUCACUUCCUGAAAACCAACAAAAAACAAAACAAGACAACAAAGUAUGUUCAAGAAGGAAAGGGGUAUGUUGACUUGAACUUCUUUAAUUUUGUAAGCCACUGUAUGUGUAAAAAGCAUCAACCAAUAAUAAAUCUGUACGGUGCCAAAUUACAGUUAACAGCAGUUUUGACUUUGAAAAGAAUAUUUAACUGCAGGCUUAACUGUAAUAGCAGCUGUAAGUUGUUGUUUUAGUUGCAGCAAAAUAUUUUACCCACAAGUAAAUGAUUAAUAAAAUAAAUUUAUUGUGGACAUUUUUUUCUGCAAUUAUAGGAAUUAAGACCUUUGCAUAAAAACGAGUCUUAGUACAGGGCAUAUAUGUAGCCUGAUUUUAAUGUGAAUUUUAAAAUCUCCUUCAGCUUUUCAGUGCACGAGUUAAAGUGGAGGUCCCCUAGGGCCAAUAAAUUAAUGAGCAGACUCCAAAGAAGAAUCUAUCAGUCAAGAGAAGAGGGAGUGCGACCACAUGUGCCAAGAGUCGAGGGACCUCUCUCAGAAGGUGGAAGAGUAGGCAGAAGAGGUUAA